AUGUAUGCGCAUGGCACUAGCUCCCACAUCCCGCAACCGCCGCACAGCGCCGGCACACCCUACAAGGGUCUCCGCGCGGCCAUCGACCCGAACCAAAUCCCGUCGCCCAUCGAGACGAUAGAAAUGGACAGAGAGCGAUGGGAGAACCAGCAAUACCCGACGCUUCCCGGGAAGCAUCCCCCACUCUCGACCACGGACUUUGUGGCAAUUGACCAAGGAAACUCGUCUCCGCGCUUCAUACGCAUGUCGACGUGGAACAUCCCCAGCUCCUCGCGCCUUGCAUCCGAGUGCGAAGUCCCCAUCGCGGCCAUUAUCCAGCCCUUCGCAGAGCAAGACCCGCGAGAAGAACCGAUCCCGGUCGUGCACACUGGAGACAUCGGCCCGGCGCGCUGCGAGCGCUGCAGAGCGUACAUCAACCCCUGGUGCACAUGGGUCGCGGGCGGCGCGCGGUGGAGGUGCAAUCUCUGCCACCACGAAUCUGAAGUCGUGUCGGAGUACUUCUGCAACCUUGACGCGAGCCUCCUUCGCCUGGACCACCUCCAGCGCCCCGAGCUGAACAAGGGUACCGUCGACUUCGUCGUCCCCGAGCCGUACUGGGCACCUCAUCCUCCCCCCAGCAUUCGCCCACUCUACACCUCCCUCAUACCUACGUCGCGCGAAGGGAAACGCAAGCCCACACCCCUCGACUAUGUGUUCGUGCUCGACGCCUCACAAGAUGCCGUUCGCUCUGGAUUCUUCCAAGCCGCAUGCAAUGUACUGUUAGAAGCACUCCAUGACCGCGAAGAUACCGCUGUUCCGCCAUACUUCCCAUCGUCAAGUCGCGUUGCUAUUUUGGUUUAUGACCAGACAAUACACUAUUAUAACUUAUCCUCGCCUGUAGAUGGACAACCGCCAUUGCUGGUUGUUCCUGAUGUCGAUGAUGUAUUUCUGCCGCUGUCUGAUGGGCUUUUCGUGAACCCUGUGGAUUCAAGAGACGCGAUCGUCAACCUGCUAUCUGCGCUCCCCGCGCGACAUGAGCAAACUCUGGAGAGGGAAGCUGCCUUGGGAUCGGCUUUGACUGCUAGCUUAGCUGCUUUGGCAGGACGUGGCGGUCAAGUAGUAGCUUUCGCUGCCACCCUGCCUACUAUAGGCGUUGGCGCACUGCCGCCAUACUUUGACGAGUCAUCCAUCCUUGGUACGGACAAAGAGCGGAUAUUAUUUGAACCUCGAGAGGAGACGUGGAAGGACCUCGGGGAGCAGUGCGCGUCAGAGGGGAUCGGGGUCAGCAUGUUCCUGGGAAUGAGUCGUCCUAUCGACAUUGCAUCAAUAGGACUGGUUGCAUCGCUCAGUGGAGGCGAGAUCUUCUUCCAUCCCAAGUUCGAGCCCUCGAGAGACGCACGGAGACUGCUCACCCGAACGACUGUACAUUCGUGCACAAUGCGCGUUCGCUGUUCCAUUGGUCUGAGGGUUUCCGCACAACAUGGCAAUUUCUACGAGAAUCCAGCAGGCGACAUGGACUUCGGCACGAUGGACGCGGACAAAACCGUCUCUUUCACCCUUGAGCACGCGCGCACUCUCGACGACCGACUAUAUGCGUUCAUUCAAUCCGCCAUUCUGUAUACCACGACAGACGGGGAGCGCCGCGUGCGCGUGCAAAACAUGGCUCUUCGGGUGGUGACACUCGCGGGGAAUGUCUUCCAAUACGCGGACAUGGACGCAACAGUGUCGCACAUGCUGCGUGAAGCUAUAUCGCAAAUGACGUCCCAACGGAUUGUCCAGAUCCAAGAGUCACUCACCGAAAGAUGCGCUCUUAUUCUAUAUGCGUACAGGAAGUUCUGUGCGGCUUCCGCUGCUCCUACCCAACUCAUCCUCCCUGAAGCUUUCCGUGCUUUGCCGUUAUUUGUUUUGGCGAUGAAGAAGACAAAACCCCUUAAAGACCGCAAUGUUACCGCCGAUGUUCGCAACUUCUAUGCACACAGGCUAUCUUCCAUGAGCUGUCGAGGCACCAUGCAUCAUCUAUAUCCCCAAUUGCUCGCUCUGCACGACUUGAACGACGAGAUUGCCCUUCCGGAUGCGAACGGUCGAGUGGAUCUGCCGUCCCUCAUGCGAGACAGUCAUCUAUUCAUGGAGUCCCAUGGCGUCUACCUCAUCGAUAACGACGACGCGAUGAUCUUAUGGAUCGGGGCCAGCGUCUCCCCGCAACUCCUGAAGGAUCUCCUGGACGUUGACGACAUCAAUCAAGUUAACCCACGCAUACUUUACCUCCCGUCUCUUCAAACACGGCUUGCGACGCAAGUCGGCAACAUACUGGCGAACCGCUUCGCUCAGCGUGGGUACACCCCCAAGUUCACCGUCGCCAGGCAGAACAUGGACGGUUCCGAAAUCGAGUUCAGCGAUAUGCUCGUCGAGGACCAGAACAACGCGGCGAUGUCUUAUCUCGACUAUCUAUGCCUGGUGCACAAGCAAAUUCACACAGCGCUUACUACAGGCGCUUCACUUUCGAGUGGGGGUGGCUUCCGAUCUAUGCCGUGGUAA